UUGUCUUCUACUUAUCUUUUCCUCUCUGCAUGGAACUGAAUUCCCAAACAAACAGCAAUAUGGUAAUAACAAACAAAAAUGGCAAGCGCCCAUUUCUAAUUUUUUAUAGUAUUUUUAUUGGGAAACUAAAUUAUCCAAUCUUCUAAAUUCUUCCACUAUAAAUUUGGCUCACAAUUUUGUAACACAACACAACACAAAAGUCGUCGUUAUUACAGAAAAAAAUAAAAUGGCAUCUGCAGCAGCUGGUAGAUCAGGAGCUCAAACCUUCAACUCGAUCUAUUUCAAGCCAAUGUUGAGGAAAGCUUAUCACCGGAAAAGUGGUUCACCCGAAAUGGUGAGUGAUUCUGUGAAAUCGAAUGGGGAGGAGGUCAAUCAUAUGAGAGCAGUGGGGGCGGCGACUGGUCCCGGAGGAAGUGGCGAUGGUACAUGGUGGGUCCGAGACGAUCGCACCGGAAUCUUUUACCCUAAGGGACAGGAAAAGCUCAUGGAAGAUGUUCCUCAAGGGGCAGCUAAGGACUUUGACACAAUAAAUUGGUUUAAUUGAAUUUGUCUACUAUAGGACAUCAUAUUAUAUCAUAA